AUUUGAUUAUGUGGAUAUUUGAAUGGCCAUACUGCUCUUCACAGCUGAUUUUGAUGUGUGAAAAUUGGAAUUUUUUGAGCACCACGUUGUUUCGACGCAUCCGCCAUCUAUGAGUCUGUUGUCCAACGAUAUAAAUUUCGUCAUCUGUGUUCAUUAUUGUGAAUUGUCCAAAAUGGCUGAGACAGAAACCGAUAAUAACAGUAUUGUAAGACCUGAAAGAAAUAAUAAAAGUAUAGUGUCUAAUAAUGGGCCCCGCCGCGUUACCAUUUAUAAAACUGAGACUGGUUUUGGUUUUAACGUCCGCGGCCAAGUUUCUGAGGGCGGACAGCUGAGAUCGAUUAAUGGGGAACUUUAUGCCCCUCUGCAGCAUGUCAGUGCUGUAUUGGAGCAGGGAGCGGCUGAGCAGGCCGGUAUUAGAAAAGGAGAUAGAAUACUCGAGGUUAACGGUGUGAAUGUAGAAGGCUCCACUCACAAGCAAGUCGUUGAUCUGAUCAAGUCUGGAGGCGACUGCCUUACGCUCACCGUCAUCUCCGUAACACCGAAGGAAGCUGAGCGCUUAGAGCCUUCAGACGAUUCAGCGCCGGUAGGUGUCAUAGGAGGUGCCGCUAACUCCAGGGCUACGGUCUACCAAAGAUAUGACUACACGGACAAGAGGUCGUUACCCGUCUCCAUACCCGACUACCGAGUGGUGAUGGAGCGGAACACCGGCAGAUCCUACGUAGCAUUCAAUGUACACAUGGCCGGCAGACAUCUCUGUAGCAGACGCUAUAGAGAAUUUGCAGCGCUCCAUCAACAACUAAGGAAGGAGUUUCUUGGUUUCAGCUUCCCCAAACUCCCCGGCAAGUGGCCCUUCACACUCAGCGAACAACAACUGGAUGGCAGGAGACGCGGCCUGGAACAGUACUUAGAGAAGGUGUGUGCAAUCCGUGUGAUAGCUGAGAGUGACGCCGUGCAAGAGUUCCUCACCGACUGCGACGACUCUUGCAACCCCUCGCCCGUGGAGCUGAAGGUGCUACUGCCGGACAAGGAGGUGGUCACCGUGGCCGUGCUCAAAUCUACCAACGCCGACGACGUCUACAAGGCCGUCUGCGACAAGAUAGGUCUAGCCAGGAACAUACAGAACUACUUCUAUCUCUUUGAAAUCGUUGAAUACAAUUUUGAGCGUAAACUUCAACCGAACGAGUGUCCCCACUCGCUGUACAUCCAGAACUACUCCACCGCGUCCUCGUCGUGUCUGUGUGUCCGCAAGUGGCUCUUCAGACCCGACACCGAGCUCGACCUGCUGAGAGACGACACCGCCGCCGCUUUCAUAUUUUGGCAGGCGGUGGAAGAUGUGAACCGCGGCGUGUGCUCGGCCGGAGCCCGCCUCUAUCAGCUGAAGGCUCUACAGGACGUGCGUCGCGCUCGGGACUACCUGGCGCUGGCGAGGACGUUACCCGGAUACGGAGACGUCGCCUUCCCGCCCGCCCGCACCGACUGCCGCGCCGCGCCCGCCCUCGCCGUCUCAGUCGGUUGGGAAGGUAUCAAGCUGUCGUCGUGGAGCGAGUCGUCCGCGUGCGAGGGCGGCGUAGUGAACGUGCCCUGGACGGAUGUGAGGGAGUGGCGCGCGGACGACGACGCGGCCGCCGCCCGUCUCGUCUACAGGAGGAGGGACAGGCCGCCCAGGACUAUAACAUUGCAUUCGCCAUAUUACCAGUUCCUCAUCAACUGUAUCGACCGGAUAUCGGAGGAGGCGAGCUGGGUCGACACCGGGGAAUAAUUACUACCGGGACUAGCGGCCCUGUGACGUCACAUCCGCCGUCUGAAGGUCUUCGAGUUCUUACACGACUACCCCACACGCGAUAUGUAGUUUGAGAGACGGUCAUUUAUAUGUUAGCUGUGAUAGUUUAAUGUUUUAGUGCGGGCCGGCUCCGUCCCCUGACGUCACUUCCUGUGUUGUUCGCUGGUGUUGUACUCGGUUCAUUUGAUGAAACAAACCCUCCGACCGUGUCCGGGGCCGGCUCAUUAUGUUAGUACUUAUAUAUUUUAUAUGAUGCAUAAUUGUGUAAUCAGUUUUUUGAACACUAAAAGUUUAUAUCUCUUUAUUGUAAUAGUAAUAAGAACUAAUUUCGAUUAAAUUGACAUUUUUUUAUAUUAUUGUGACGUCACCCGUCGUUAAGUCGCGGGAGCUGUCAGGAGGUUUGUUUUUUUAUACAAAAUGCUUAAAGACUUAUUUGAUCCGAUGAUGUAUUCUAUUUUUAACUUAAAAUAAGGUUAUAUAUAAAAUAAAAAUAUUAAUAGCUCUCAUAUUAUUGAAUCGUAGAGAAAAAUAUAUUUAUAGUCCUUAAUAAUAUGACAUUUCCUUUAAAAUAUAUCAUUACUUAUAAGACGGUAGGGAAACGCGCUGGUAUAAACUUUAUGGCAUUAAAAUAAUUCCUCUGGGCUCGGAGUGAUCCUGCUCAUUCGUAAUUUUGAUAUGAAAGUUAUAAUUUUACAUAUGAAUGAUUUUAAUCCUACCAUCCAAUAAAUUUUAGAUGUAAUAUGUGUGCUUCUGUUUUUGAAUUGUAUUUAAGAGAUAUAUAUGCAGGUGAUACUAUUGUUAUGUUUAUUAAAUUUAUUGGCAUUUACAUGAGGAGCCAUGACAUUUCCGUGUGUAUUGUGUAUUGUAAAACUGUUUUUAUUUCCAAAUUUAAUAAUAAUCUGAGAAUAUUAUGUUAUUUUCAUUAAUGAAAUGAUGUCUUAUACUUUUGUUUGUGACCUUCAUUGGUUCUGUACUAAGUCGGUGUCCAGGUUCAGGUAAAAUCGCUUGCUCAGUAUUAUAUUUACUGUUGCUUGGUUUUAUUAAUUCACAAGUUACACUAAAACCGCUCACAGCAUCUACAACAUAUGCCUGUAGGCAACAUGCGUCUGUCCGUUAUGUAAGUUUAUAUUAUAAUAUGCUCGCGUUUACGUUAUUUUAUUCAGUAUUUAUUAGUUCAAAUAUAUAUUGUGAUGUGCUCGUAUUAAUGUUUACGUUUAUUGGUAGUUAAGUAUCUUGACAUGUACUUAUUGAAUGCCUGUCGUGCUGUGGCCAUAUCCUCUGUUAUCUCCAGUUAGUGCAAUACCUCUAAGGUCUUCGUUGUUGGUUACAACUUAUAUGUUAAUGUUGAUCGUAUGUAGUUAUGUCGUUGGGGAGUGAAGCGACGCUACACUAGUUACACACGCGGCUCCGUCUGAGAUAUAACAUUGUUUUUAUUGUUUGUUCAGUCUUAUUACACUGCUAGUAUGAUGACCUUGAUGAGUUUGUAACUCGAACUACAUACAGAGGUCCCAAAUCCAAAUGUAUUCACUUCUAUAUGUUUUGCCAUAUGAUAGUAUUAAAUAUUAACAUAGUUAAUGAAAAAUACUGUGAACUAUCUGUAUGUAGUGAGGAUGCGGACUCACGGUAAACAUGCUGAUAUCUUACUUAUGGUGGUGGAGUGUAUAUUACAAAGUUGUUUGUAUGUUUGUCCGCCGCGAUGUGUGUUCCGGUGUAUCGUCUGCGGAGUGUCCGUCGCCUAACACUAGUGUUACUGUACAUGUGCUUGUUAACGUUUCAAUGUUCCGAAUUAACUCUUAUCAUGAAAGCAUUAAGCAAUAAAAUAUUUAUUAAAUAUUACUAUGAAAUACACAAACGGCGUCUUCACACCGACGGCUCUGUGACGGAUAUUUAAAAAUAUAUUUAGGAUUAAUUGGUGGGAGAGUACGGGGGCCGUUCAGUGUGAAGACGCCUCGACGUAUACAUUCCGACUUGAGUAGAGUCGCGGGACAUCAUUAUAUAGCUAUCACUAAGUAUAGGUUUCACUUAAAUAAAUUUAUUGUACCACUC